GCCCGGGAAGAUGGCGGCCGCCGGUGACGGGCGCUCCGCGGCGGGCCGCGCGCUCUGCCUCGUCCUUCUGUGCGGCUGGGCCAUGGCGGCACGCGGCCUGCAGGCCUCCGGUGCUGUGAGAACAGAGCUGGUUCAGAAUGUUUCUUCUGGACAUGAGAAUGAAACACUCAGCAGCUCCCAAAAUUUGACAGACAACUGGCAGAGUGUAACCCCAGCAAAAAAAGAGACGAGCCCCACAGCAGCUAAAAUCAGUUCUGUGACUAUAGGGAAACCAUCCACAGCAAAAGAUGACUCUCCACCCUAUGUUUCUCAUGUGGUGACUGCUAGUCCUGUAUCUCAGGUGGAUGUUGAUGCUUCUGAGGAUACUAAAAUCGAGGAGGAAGAUCUUCUCACAGAUUUGAAAGACACACUGAAUAGUUCACCACCCAUAGAAAAAGAAAUUAUGGAUUCAGAUGGCGAUGACUAUGAUACUUUUGAAAUGACAUCAAAUUCCAGGUACAACCCAGACCUCCUCGAAAUGCCAGAAGAUGAUGACUCUGACACCAUCAGUAAUUACAACGAGGAGAUCAAGUCGCUGGAUGAAAAGAUAAAGUAUGUGUCUGUCUCAGGGUUGGAAGAAGAAGAGGACAGCCAUUUCUUUUUUCAUCUGGUUAUAGUUGCCUUCUUAGUAGCUGUUGUUUAUGUCACCUAUCACAAUAAGAGGAAGAUCUUCUUAUUGGUCCAGAGCCGAAGAUGGAGGGAUGGGCUGUGCUCCAGAACAGUAGAAUAUCAUCGUUUAGAUCAAAACGUUAAUGAAGCGAUGCCUUCUCUGAAAAUUACUAAUGACUACGUAUUCUGAAAGCACUGUGAUUUGAGUUUGCUGAACUUAUCACUCUUUGCCUGCCUAGUCAUGUAAUGAUAUUCAGGUAUUCUAAACAUGCCACUUGUACUGAUGUGAGAGGUAGUCUCUUGGACCUGGAUGUUUCUGAGAUUAAAUCUCAUGCAGAAUCAAGGGCACGACGCGUCUGUUUGCUACUUUGGUCAGAUUUUAGAUCAGCUAUAGAGAUGCAUUUCAAUAAUUAGUGCCAUUUCCAUUCGUUAAGCUUCUUUAUUUCUCUCUGGAGCAGUCUUAAUACCAAUCCGAAAAAAAGCAUAAAAUAUUUUAGGUCUAAUAAAUUAAUGAGUUUGGCAUCACUAAAUCAAAUUAAUAUCUCUUUGCUAAUCACUUAUAUGGCUCAUAAAUCUUGCUAUAUUGCAAACUUAAAAUAUAAUUGCUUUUUCCCGUGCUCAAAUUCUGAUGCUGCAGAUCUUUCAUCUUGUCUUCUUUGGUUCUGUUUUUGCUUUGCAUAGCUUGAUCCUAUUCUAGGCAGAAUAGCUGGCAUGACAGCUUCAUAAUUUCUGUAUGUGCUCAUGCAGCAAAUCAUUUAAAAAUAAUUAUGUAGAAAGCAUUUGAUUUCAGAAGUUGCGUACUGCCAUACUGCCUACUUCAAAUGUUCCUCAUCUGUGAGAAGGUGUGCAGCUUCAUGACUGUCCGACUGAUACUAACGACUAUUUCAUUUUCUUUUGAAAUUAAUGAAUGGAAAAUAAGCCUUGUUCAAUAAACUUAACUAAAAUAGAGGUAGUUGACAGGCUUCCAAUACAGCAAAGCUUUCUGCUGAAUUUUAAAUCUGCUGGGAAAGAGGUCUGUGGUUUGGUGUUAUAAACAGGAGUGGACCGGGAGAGUAAGAAUGCUUUGUUUUGUUGUUAUUCUGACCCAGGUAACAGGCAGAUGAAAAGAGCAGUGUGUGGGACUGCUGGUCUGCAGACAGCAACUCCCAUAUUUACACAGCAGCAGUGUAAAGCAAGGUACCGGUACGGUAGGGUGUUCUGUUUUGUUUAAACCUUGUCUUUUCUACUUCCAUUAUUUAUGUUUUCACGAGUUGUAAAAUAUAAAAUCGUAGUUUUCUGUACAUUCUGUUGGUGAUUUUGUUUUCAAGUUGAUAAAUAUGUAAAUAACGACAAGUGGAACCCCAUAAUUAAUGGCUGGGUAUUCAAGUAGCGAUGUACCAUUUUGGGAAAUGAAAAGAUUUGCAGCUGUUGGCACGAGGAACCCAAAGGCACAAUACUGCCUUAAGAAUGAAGUGCUAAAAUUGUAAAUCCUACCAUUAAAUGCUUUGUUUUCAUAACCACCAGAAAGUAAAGCACAGACAAAAUACCCCCAAAGUCUUUUCUUGCAGUAAUUUGUAUCAUAUUUGGACUUGUAUCACUUAGUAUUUUGAAUAAGGUUUUUAAAAUAAAUGACGAUAAUAAGUU